AUAUACAAAAACAAACAAGUUUCAGUUAGACGAUCACAAUAGUCGUCUCUCUCUCGAGGAACCCCAGCUUUCCCUCCCCUGAUUUUGAGCAGGUUCUCAAUGGCAGAUCAUCAAAAAAUGGAGGCCUUGAAGAAGGUAUACGCAGAGAUGAUACUGAACACAGCGAAAGAGGCAGCUGCUCGAGCAUUGGAUUCGGAGCGUAAAGCUCUUCACAUUCAUCACGAUCUGUGUAACACAAAAGACGAGGCCAUCCGGAUGCUUCUUCGGUUCAAACAAUUGAUCGAUGUGAAGAAAACUGAAGCAGAAAGAACAGCAUUGAGUCAACAAAAUAGAAUCAAAGAGCUGGAUGCGCAGCUUAAUGAAACAGAAGGAGUGAUAAUCGAUCUUAGAGCAGAAAUAAGGAGUGCCCGUGAACGUUUGGAGGAAAUGAAGAGUAUCCACAUGUUACAUUCAAAUGGACUGUCUCAAAACAAGCACACCCAUCAGGAAAAUUCAGAUAAUUCAGAUGUCACUGAACAAUUCAGAUGCUCUUCUCAAUGCGGUAAAAGUUACAAUCCAGCUAAAGAGAUUACAACGUCAGGUCCUAAUUCAACUUCCAUAAUUGUUGGAAACAAAGAGCCCGAGUCAUUUAGAAAUGGAUAUACUCACAGAAUUCAAGAAAUUGAGAGGAAUUUGACGGAUAAAAAAAGUAUUUCUGAACAAAAAGAGUUAAAUAUCAACGUGGAUGAAAAGAAUUCUGAAAAAUGUGCUCAAUUAGAAGUUGACACUGAGAAUAAAGAUAUAAAGAACAUUAACGAAUCGGAAGCCUUUUCCAUUAACAACAGGGUUUCCAAAGAUCAAACUGUUAAAAGACUUCCAAAGCGUGUUGGGUAUUUGCAAUUAAACCACAAACUUUCUCGCUUUGGUCGUGAGAAGUUGAAUCUCAAAGAUAAAUAUAGCGGAAACGAUGCAAAACUGAUGGAAACUAGUGAAAAUAGUGCAAGUACUCUCCGUAGAAGCAUUAGAAAAAGGAAAGUUAGGUGUUGGGAUGAAAUAUCUUCAUUGUUCAAGUCACGUGCCUCACUUUCCCAUUGCAAGAAACACUUGGUCAACGACGGUGUGAAGUUUGAAGAAACCAAGUCUGAGGACACCAACGUAGCGAGUGAUCCACUGGUUGAAAAACAUGAAAGUGCUGCAAAAGAAUCUGAUGGAGUUGCUUGUAAUACAUAUAACAACAGGUGUCUGAAGUAUACGUUCAGCAGGCGGCAUAAGAAGGUUUUAUCAUCUAAAUCUGAUAACUAUUCUUCUCAUGGAAACAGUUGUAACCAUGAAAACAAGAAGCCUGAUCUGAUUGAAGAUUCAUCUAGCGAUAGCCCAAACAUGAUGGACAUCGCUUGCCAGUUAAUAUCCUUGUCCGCGAAUCGUAGUUGGUGAAGGCAUUCAGUGCUUCAAAAUGUGACAUGCAAGCAAUGGUGUGUGAAGUUUUUGAGGUGUUGAUCAUAUUUAAAUCAUGCAACAGGAUGCAGGUAUCUCCUUUGCUUGGAAGAAGUACAUAUUAAGUUUGAUCAUCCAUCCUUGUUACUUGGAAAUUAUGAUGCCAAUCUACUUUGGCUAGUCGAAUCUAGUUGCCAACUCAGUCGUCACUUUCCAGUUCAGGUUUGGAUUCGUAUCGUUAUGUUUUCAAAGUAUAUGAAUUUUUUGAGUUAUUUUUGGAUGUAAUAAUGUGGUAUUUUAUAAUUUUUCUAAUCAUGUACUCAAACUUAACGAUAUAUAUCAUCACAUACUUGUAAUCAUAUCAAUUACUUCAUUUUGGUAUA